CCUCAUAAACACUCCCCACCACAGUGCCCUAUGUUUCUCCGUAGUGCAUUUUACGUUUUCGCGACAGUUGCUUUCGAAGCAAGAAAUAGAUAACAUCAUUGAAUUUAUUUCAAAGCUUUGAAAGUGUGUAGUGAUCAAAGUGAUAGGUGAAUAUUGUUGUGUGAUAGUGACAAUGAGUGAUAGUGAAAAUGUUUUCACGAUUGAAGUGAUUGAAGAUAGGAGAAAUGAAUGCGAACAGCAAUGUGUGAUGGCAAAUACAAGUCGGCGGCCAAAAUUAACAGUUCAUACGAGAAGAUACUCGAAAAAAAGAGCAUGCCGCGAAAGAAGGCGGCGGUUAGCCCUUCAGAAUACGGCAAAUUGUAAAGAAAUUUUUGAAGAAACGACGAAUGAAUUGUUUGAAAUUGAAGAAACAAACAAUGCUGAAGAUGGGAUAAAUAUGGAAGGCACAAAUUCAGAAAAUGAAGAAUUGAUGAUACAGAAAGUUGUAACGAACGAGCCUGAAGAACAAUUCUGUCUACCAAGUGGCUUGAGUAUCGUGGACAUGCAGCACAUCUUUGCCGAAUUUCAAAAAAUAGGUGACCAUGCUAAAAACAGGGAAGACUGUGGAAUUAGACACCUGAAAAUAACCGGCAUGAAACGGUCGGGUCUGAGGACCACCUUCAGUGUAAUAUGCGAUAUGUGCAAAUAUACAGGUGAAAUCCACAGUGAACCUGACGAAAGCAAUCACAUGGAAACAAACCAGUGUGCCGUUGCUGGAACAAUUGUGAAUGGAGCCAGUUAUGCCCAAAUGGAAGAGUUCCUUGCAGCGAUGAACAUACCCUGCAUGUCGAAGAAAGAAUUUAGAAAACAUCACGAUGAAAUAGUGAAAACAUUAAUUGUUGCUGCAGAAGAAGAAAUGGUAACAGCGGCAGAGGAAGAAAAACGCUUGGCCAUUGAAAGAGGCGAUAUUGUUUCCGGAUGUGGAAUCCCUCACAUCCCCGUUGUGGCCGAUGGAAGCUGGAUGAAACGAUCAUACCGGACUGGAACGUACAAUUCCGCGUCUGGAGUCGGCGUUAUAAUUGGAUAUCACACGAAGAAAGUUUUAUUUAUUGGUGUGAGAAACAAGGUGUGCAGGAUUUGUCGAUGUGCUGCGAAAAAGAAAGAAGAGCCACGAAAGCACACCUGUUUUAAAAAUUGGAGCGCAAGCCAAGCAUCAACGGCUAUGGAAAGUGACGCUAUAGUCGAAGGCUUCAAGACCAGCGUAGAAAAACGUGGGCUGAUUUAUUCAACACUAAUUGCUGAUGGGGACAGCAGCGUUUAUAAAAAAAUUAUAGAUGCAGAUCCAUAUAAAGCACAGAUUCGUGUAAAAAAAAUUGAAUGCACGAAUCAUUUAUUGCGAAACUUUUGCAGAAAAAUGAAAGAAGUUGUAAAGAUGACAACACCUGGUCCAUUCAGAAGAAUCGUUGAAAGCAGCAUUCGGCGAAUGCGUGCGGACAUAGUAAAAGCCGCAGAGUACAGAUACAGUCAGCAAGUAACAACCGCUGAAAAAAUUAAGAAUUUGUAUGCCGACAUACACAAUGUUCCUAGCCAUGUUUUUGGUGAACACGCAGAUUGUUCAAAACUACAAUACUUCUGCGAUGGAACGAGUAAAAAAGAUGAAAAGAACAUUGUUCCCGAAUUGAUGAAGAUGGGAGUGUACGAACAAAUCAAAGAUAUACUUCGACCUCUGUUGGCGCAUGCUGAGAGUUUGCUGUAUAACAGCAACAAUAAUGCCGUAGAAAGUUUCAACGGAAUCAUCGCAAAAUAUACAGGAGGAAAAAGAUUGAAUUUCGGCGAGAGGGGAUCUUACACGGGAAGAUGUGCUGCUGCUAUCCUACAGUAUAACACAAAACAAGUGUUGUCGCGUCUGAAUACGGCGAUGAACAAGGAACCGCCCGUUAUUUUACGCAAAAUAGAAAAUAGAAGGAAGAAAGAAAAUGAGAAAUACAGUGAAAAGAGAAAGGAAAAAAAAAUUACAAAGCACGUGCGGAAACAAUUCCGUUCUGAAAAGGAUUCCAAUUACGGACCAAAUGCUGAAAAGCCGGAUAUGGCUAACAAUAUUUAUGAAUUAGAGCAAAAAAAACAUAUGGAAAUGUUACAGAAUUGGCAAAAUAGAAGAGAUGCCAUUGAAGAAGAAACCAUCGGUCAAGCGAAAAAUCCGAGAUGGUUGAAUUACAAAUCUAAAUUAUUGAUGGCCUCAAAUUUCGGACGAAUAUGCCGUCGUCGAAUUGGCACGCUCUGUGGAAAUUCAGUGAAGUCGUUAGUAUAUCCACGACUGAUUAGUGCACCUGCAGUACAAUAUGGACAGGAAUGCGAAAAAUUCGCACGUGAACAACUAAGUGUGUGCAUUGGUGUUGAAAUUAAAGAAUGUGGAUUAUUUAUUGAUAGUGCCAUCCCGUUCUUAGGAGCUUCGCCAGAUGGACAUAUAGACGAAGAGGGCAUUGUGAAAAUCAAAUGUCCGAAAACGGCGGAGAAUUUAUUGCCGGAGGAGGCAAUCAAAAGUGUUGCAGUUAUUCGGCGUAUAUUUGCAGACGCAAAAGGAAAUGAAUUGAACAGGAACCACUAGUAUUACUACCAAGUACAAGGACAAUUACAUGUCACAGGUAGAAAAUAUUGCUUAUUUUGUAUUUGGACCCGAAAAGGGUUAAAGUACAUUAGAGUCGAUAGAGACGAUAAUUUUUGGCAAAAGAAUAUGGAGCCAAAAUUAAUUCAAUUUUAUUUAUUGUGCAUGUUACCCGAAUUAAUAGAUAGCCGGUACAAUAGAGGAAUGCCCAUUCGGGAGCCUCAAUUUAUAACAGAGGAGAGAGCAAGCUUGGAAAAGCGCAAAAGGUCUCUCUCAGAAAGUAGCACGAAUAUUGCUACUGUCCGGCGUCGCACUGCACUGUAAAGUGCAGUAACACUGACUCUGUUGGUGGUUCACAAUUGCAUGAAAUAGCAAUUGUACUCGCGGAUCAUACAAUCUCGUGAGUUGCUCUACACAAAAAUACUGUUACUGUUUGGCGUCGCACUGCACUGUAAAGUGUAGUAACACUGACUCUGUUGGUGGUUCACAAUUGCAUGAAAUAGCAAUUGUACUCGCGGAUCAUACGAUCUCGCGAGUUGUUCGACGCCGAUAUACACAUUUUAAAAUAGUGACCUUUGAAAAGUCAAAAAAGGUCUUAUGCGGACAGUAAUAAAAAAUACUGUUACUGUCCGGCGUCGCACUGCACUGUAAAGUGUAGUAACACUGACUCUGUUGGUGGUUCACAAUUGCAUGAAAUAGCAAUUGUACUCGCGGAUCAUACGAUCUCGUGAGUUACGCGAUGCCAUACUAUAUUUCUUAAUUUGUUACAGAUUUUCGAAGAAAGGAUUCCCGAGAAGAGGUUUUUUGGAGCGAAGCGAGCGUUGGACUCAAAAUUUAUUUUUUCAGCUGAAACAAUUUUUUUCUUAUUCCCUUCAUGAAAUUAUUAAUGUCCUAUAUCAUCUAUUUCCAUUAACUUUUUCUUUUUUCAAUAUUUAUCUUCAUUCAUCUUCAUUCAUCUUUGCAUGAACAUUUUUGUCGUUGAGAAAUUAAAAACAGCAUUUUCCUCUUCUCGAAAUAAAUUAAAAAAUUAUAUAUAGGUAUAUUCAAGAAAGCAUUACCUAACAGGACAAAUGGACUGCGAAUAUGCUGUUUGAUCACGUAUAAUCGGCAAGUAUAAUCUUACAUAAUUAAUAUUACGUUAUCUAUACAUAAAUUGCUUUCUUCACAGAUGGAUGAGGAAGAAGAAGAAGAAAAGAAAGAGGAUAGAAGAAACAGGAGAAAGAGGUCUAAGGAACGAAGUCGAAUAAAAGGGAAGAGAAAGGAGAAUCCGAGGCCGUCAACGUCGCAAAUUAAAAAAAUUCGAUACCAUAGCCAUGACUGGGAUGGCUGUCAUGGUAAUCGACGAUGCAGACGUCGCGGAGAAAGAAGAGGCAGAAGCGAGCACUGGGCGGCAGGCGACGGGCGGCCGUCUAAUUAUUAUUUAUAUACCUAUAUUGAUAAUAUUUAAAUGAAUAAAUUGUAUAUAUAGAUCAAUUUA